UUUCACAACACUAAAUCAUUACUUUCAUUUUUUGACUUCUCAUUUUGACUGCAACCGAAAUAAAUAAUUGAAUAUUAUGUUGUUCCUAAAGAAUAAGAAAACGACAUUAGAUGUGUCCGAUUACACGGUUAUUAUACCCAGCAUCUGCGUGGGAAAUGCGGCCCAACUAGCCUGUGACCUGUUGAUUGCCUCCAAACAGCUGAAACGCAUUGGAUCCGUCUCCCAUCCAGCGCUGAUACCGGUCUACGGACCUUCCGCCUACCAGCACGAGCCCAACGAGAAGGUCUCAUCGUGUGAGCUGUACGAGGGCGUGGAGGACAAACUGCUGGUCAUACAGUUCCGUGCACCAUGGAUCGCUCGCCACACACGCAGCUUCCAGCAGCAAUUGGUGCAACUCAUCAAGGGCGCAAAGCGAGUAAUAAUACUCAGUGGCAGCUUUGGCUUUGAGAAACGGGUUAUUGAGGCUUCCCCGUGGGCCUAUCGUGCCAGCGAGAACUUUAAACUUGCGCACGCUCCACAGCUCGGCAAUCCCGAACUCAUCAAGUGGAAGGAACACACCGGCGAGGCCAUCUAUGGGGGUGGCAACGCCCUGCAGCUGUUCCAGGCCUUCGAUGAGGCUCAAGUGCAAGUCAUGCUGCUGUUCCGUUACCUCAUCGAGGGUGACAACUCCACCGAUGCCAGUCUGAUCGUGCGAGAACUGAACGAACUGUGCGAAGACUUUCUGCAGCUGCGCGGCGUUGGCGACGGCAGCUUCAAGUUGACCGUGCCCAAAUCCUGGAACCUACUCUUCGGCAACGAUGUCACAGAGUUUCUCUUUUAGUUGCUAGCUGUGUGUGUAUAUUUUGGACAAAUAAAUGUUUAAUCUUUCGGUGUAGGAUAAAAGAGAUUGCUAGCACGA